GCUUGGCGUUUCCUUCACUGAGUGGUAGAAGAGUAGCUAAGCUGAAGAACACGAAGUUACAGAGGCAGAGCUCCAUUUCUAGCAUUCUUCUCUGCUCGAUCUUCUUCCAUUUCAAGCUAUAUGCCACUCUAGUUCUCCACUUCCUUCCCUCAAAUGUCUACUUCCGACCCCAAAUCCCGCACCCGUCCCGCACCGGACCCAUCCUCAAUGCCUCCUUCUUCUUGGGCCAAACGCACCGGCUUUCGUCCCAACUUCUCCGGCGAGACCAAUCCCUCUGAUUCCGCCCACAUCGCUCUUCCGCCCAGGCCCAAGGACCCCGACGCCCAUCCGGAUCUCGAAGCUGGACGCCCUCGGGGCACUUCUGCGGUUAAUGGAGACCCCACCGGUGCCAAGGCGCCUUCUCCACAGCCUCAGCCGCCGUUGGAAAAAGAUCAGCCGGUGAAGAGGAGGAAGGAUUCUGAUGGGUUACCCAAGGGUUCUGGACCUGCUCAGAAUGGUCAUGCUCUGCCUCCGCCUCCUCCUUCCGAACCGCCGAACCAACCUCGGCGGCUGCCACAGACCGGCGAUGAUGAUGGAUUUGUGGCUAGACAUUCGCACAUGAAGUACGAGCUCAGAGAUACGCCUGGUCUUGUACCGAUUGGUGUAUAUGGAUUGCAGCAUUAUAUUUCUAUGUUGGGUUCAUUGGUUCUUAUCCCGCUUGUUAUAGUUCCUGCUAUGGGUGGCACUCACGAGGACACUUCAAAUGUGGUAUCCACGGUGCUCUUUGUGUCGGGCAUUACUACUCUUUUGCAUACGUCUUUUGGCUCAAGAUUACCGUUGAUACAAGGUCCAUCACUUGUUUUCCUCGCUCCAGCAUUAGCAAUUAUCAAUUCCACAGAGUUUCAAGGACUUAACGGGAACAAUUUUAAGCAUAUAAUGAAGGAGUUACAAGGAGCAAUUAUCAUAGCUUCAGCUUUUCAAGCAUUACUUGGAUACAGUGGAUUAAUGUCACUACUUUUGAGGUUGAUCCAUCCUGUAGUCGUGGCCCCGACCAUUGCUGCUGUUGGACUGUCAUUUUAUAGUUAUGGUUUUCCAGUAGUAGGCGCUUGUCUCGAGAUUGGUGUCGUGCAGAUACUUUUGGCUAUCAUAUUUUCUCUUUAUCUCCGAAAGAUAUCAAUUCUCGGCCAUCGUAUUUUUCUAAUAUAUGCAGUUCCACUUGGAAUUGUUAUCACGUGGGCGUUGGCGUUUUUGCUCACAGAAGCUGGAGUUUAUAGUUACAAAGGUUGUGAUACAAAUGUUCCUUCCUCAAAUAUAAUAUCUGAUCACUGCAGAAAACAUGUUUCAAGGAUGAAGCAUUGUAGAGUUGAUACUUCUUAUGCGCUAAAAUCUUCACCAUGGUUUAGAUUUCCUUAUCCGUUGCAGUGGGGCACCCCUGUCUUCCACUGGAAAACAGCAAUUGUUAUGUGUGUCGUGUCGGUCAUCUCGUCUGUGGAUUCGGUUGGUUCGUACCAUGCUGCGUCAUUGUUGGUGGCAUCCCGACCCCCAUCACCGGGUAUUCUUAGUCGAGGAAUUGGACUGGAAGGUCUUUCUAGCAUUUUGGCUGGUCUAUGGGGUACAGGAACCGGUUCUACGACGCUUACCGAGAAUGUUCAUACUAUAGCUGUUACGAAAAUGGGAAGCCGAAGAGCAGUUGAAUUGGGUGCAUGCAUUUUGAUAGUAUUAUCUCUUGUAGGUAAAGUUGGGGGCCUUAUUGCUUCCAUUCCCGACGUCAUGGUUGCUGCUCUUCUUUGCUUCAUGUGGGCAAUGCUUACGGCACUCGGCUUGUCAAAUCUUCGGUAUAGCGAAGCAGGAAGCUCCCGGAACAUUAUCAUUGUCGGAUUAUCAUUAUUCUUCUCGCUUUCGAUACCAGCCUACUUUCAACAGUACGGUAUCUCCCCAGGCUCCAACUUGUCUGUUCCAAGUUAUUUCCAGCCAUAUAUUGUGGCUUCUCAUGGACCUUUCAACAGUAAAUCUGGAGGGCUGAAUUUCAUUCUCAACACAUUAUUCUCGUUACACAUGGUGAUCGCAUUCUUAGUCGCCAUCAUCCUUGAUAACACUGUGCCCGGCAGUCGACAGGAACCUGGUGUAUAUGUGUGGUCUGAUCCUGAGGCUGCAAGGAGGGAGCCUGCUGUUACCAAAGACUACGAGCUUCCAUUCCGGGUUGGUCGAGUUUUCAGAUGGGUGAAAUGGGUUGGAUUCUAAAUGACCAAUAUUUGUUACAUAUCGCUUGUCAUUCAGAUAGCAGCACCAAUGGUGGUGUGUUGUGCAUUCUGAUUCCAAAUGUAAGUUCCUACAACCCUCCACAAGGGAAUAGGUCCUCUUCGUUGUGUUCGGGGGGCUCGGUGGGUGCGUUUUCUUACACGAAACGCGUUAGCGGAAUAGAUUUGUACAUUUUUUUGAGAAUCCAGAAUGAUCUGGCUGUGUUGUAAUUUAGUUUUGGGAGUUCAUCCAGGUGAGGUCAGGUUAGGUCAGGUCUUGUAUAUUUUUCUUCUUCCCAUUUAUUUAUUAGCUUUGUUCUUUUUAUUGGGAUUUUGAGUUUCGAUUCUUAUUAUUUGUCAGAACUGAAUAUUAUGGUUUAUAAGGAACUUCGACCUUAGCUUUAUCU